AUGGCAGUCAAUGAUUCUGAAUAUAAUAAUAUAAAUGAAACAGAGGAUAUAUCAUCACAUUUUGUGCGUGAAUUAAAAUUUGGUAGAAAUGAAUUUAAAAUAAGUCAAAAAUAUAUUGGAUAUGUUAGUUGUGUUGUUUGGGAUAGUGCUAUUGUAGCAUGUCAUUAUUUUGUUCGAUAUCAAUCAUUUUGGAAAGGAAAAAAGGUUCUAGAACUCGGAGCUGGAACAGGUGUAUGCAGUAUUCUAUUAGGAGCAUUAGGCGCAAAUGUUGUGGCAACUGAUUUAUUAGAAGGAAUAAAGUUAUUGGAACAAAAUAUUGAGGAAAAUUGGGAAGUGAUAGCAAGAAAUGGAGGUUUUGUUAAAGCUGAAAUUUUGGAUUGGAAUGAUCCUUGCGACAAAACACUUUCAUUUGAUGUUAUUGUAAUGAUCGAUGUAAUUUACUAUUUAAGGGCACUGGAAGGACUUGUUAGAUUAAUUUUACGAUCAGAAGCAUUGACGAUUAUUUGUUGCUAUGAAGUACGCGAUAUUGGAGAAGCAAAGAUCGCUCAAGAACGAUUUUUUGAAAUGAUAUCUCCUUUUUUUAGUAUUUGUUCGGUAGCAGAUGAAGAUUUAGAUGAUGUUUAUAGGUCGCCAGAUAUUAAAGUACUACGUUUAGUACGAAAAUGA